UAUAUUUGUAUUGAGCUACUUUUGUCUCUGCUUCAUCAGUCUCUGUCAUGACGGGGAGAAAGAGGCUUAUUGAAGGUACAGAAAUGGAAGCAAAAUGUGUUCUACUUCUUGCAGUAAUCCUUAACAAAGUAGCCAGUGCCCCAGAAUCUGUGUUUGCUCUAGAGGGAAACUCUGUCACCCUGAUCAUGAAGGAAAAUUACCAUCUGGAUCCAAAUGACGUAACCUGGACCUUUAAUGAAUCAUUAAAUAUUGUUAGAUAUUAUCCACACUAUAAUAAAUCUCACCAGCUAAGAGGCCUAGGCCUUUAUAAGGGUAGAGUAGAAUUUGAUAGCACCACGUUCUCUCUGGAGCUGAAGAACCUGCAGAAGAAUGACAGCGGACUCUACAAAGGAGAGAUACAUUAUGAGAACUGCAAUAUUGUAAUAGUAUACAGGCUCUCUAUUUUCGAGAAAGUGUCUGCCCCUGUCUUGACUGUGGAGCCUGACCUGUCUAGUGGUGACCUCUGUAAUGUGACAGUAACAGCGAACUGUACAGCUGGUGAACUCACUCUGACCUCCACCUGUAACAGCAGCAUCUGCACACAGGAGGAACUGACUAUGUCCUCAAGCCUUGCCAUCGGUAUUAGAGAUGGUGACAUCAUCUGCAACCAUAGCAACCAACUCAACUGGAGUCAUGCCACAGUAAGACUGUGCCAAAAUACACAACAGUCUUUCAUAACAGGACCCCUUGAAUGGAAACUUAUUAUUAUUGCUGGAGGACUAGCACUCGGAGGACUAUUCAUUUGUGGAGUUCUGUAUUUCCGAAUGCACGUGACGAAUAAAGGCAGUUUAUCUUCACACAUUUAUCAGUCAGUGGAGAACCUGGAGAAGAAUCAGACAGACCUUGUUUGUGCAAAGGCUCUGAGUCCGUCAUCAGAUGUGAAGAGCCUGAGUGCCUUCAAAUCUCAGUCUUCCUCAUCCCAUGCUGAGAUAGGCCCCUCACAGAAUGCACUGUGGCUCAACCCAGUUGUCUACUACCAGAUCCAGCCCCACACCGGCCCCAACACAGACCCAUCGACGACUCAGCCAGAGCACGUCUACUCCUCUGUGCCAUAGGUUCACUCUUACUCAGACCUGUGCCCAAUAUUUCAAACUUACAAGAUCAAGAUUGAUAAAUAUAGAAAAGAAUCAGUCAGCAUUGGAUCCAAAUUAAUCUUAACUGAUGCUUAAAGUGUCUUUUUUUUCACCACACAAAACGUACAAGCAUUGAUACAGCAAGUUAUUAUUUUUUUGCAUCUUUCAUCUUACAACACCUGUAUCAAGACAUACAAAGGAUAAAAAUGUAGCAUGUUUAUUUAUGCAGAUUCAAAUGACCUCAUUACUUGAAUAAAUAUCA